AUGUCCCCAGCAGCUCCGCGGCCGAACAGACUCGGCUGCUCCUCCUCCCUAUCCUGUCCCCCUCCCCCUCUUGCGAGCCUCCUCCCCCUCCUCCCCCUCCUUCCCUUCCCCUCUUCACGCUGCUGCCUUUUCCAGGUUCCCACCGGAUCUGCGGUGGAACUCAGCCGACUAGGCAGGUCCUCUUCCUCCCCCUACCCCCUCUCCCCUUGCCCCUCUCCCUCUCUUGCCACCUCCUCCCCCUCUUGCCACCCCUCCCCCUCCUCCCCUUCCCACUUCACUCUGCCGCCUUCUCCAGGUCCCCACCACCUCUGCGGCUCGACGCAGCCGACUUGGCUGUUCCUCCUCCCCCUCCUCCUCUUGCCUUCCUUUCCUCUUCCCUUUCCUGCCUCCCCUGCCGACUCCUGCCCUCUCCCCCCUCCUCCCCCUCCUCCUCCUCCUUCCCUUCCUCUUUCACGCUGCGGCAGCCUUCAGGUCCCCACUGGCUUCGCGGCGGAACCGCAGCAGCCUUGGCCGCGCCAGGCGAUCCCUUCCUCCUCCUCCCCCACCGCCUUCUCCACACUCAGUCGCUUCCGCGCCCUCCUCCUCCCACACCUCCAGCUUAGCGCUGCGGCCUUCUCCAGGUCCCCACGGGCUCCGCGGCGGGAAGCUGUACCAGGGUCGCUUUGCACAGCACUUGGCACGCACGGAGCAGGGCUCGCCCCCGGAGGUCUGCCCCGCUAUGGCAGUGAAGUAGGGGGGACUCAGGUACACACUGUGUCCCCAGAUUGCGCCCAAAGCGCGACACUCCUCCCGGCGGCGACGUGGGGCACCCACUGUACUGCGUGGAGAAGCCCCAGCUACACCACGCGGCUAAAGCCUGAACAGGUGAAGAGGCUAACCACAGAGUUCUCCAUCUAUAUGACAAAGGAUGGCCACAUAUCUGUGACAGGAUCCCCUCCAGCUACGUGUGAAAGAGGACCCUGUCAGGAACAGGAGUCUUAGGAUCUACAGUCAAGCAAGAUGGAUCAGCUCAUUUCUUCAUGGCCAGUUUUUAUGUAGAAUAUUUUUAGGUUUUAUGACUGACUUUUGGGAAAAAAUGUUCUGAUUUGUAUGACCCAUCUUGGGGAAAAGAGAUUCUAGUUUCUAUUUCUAGCCUCAGGGCAAAAUAGAGAGACAGCUGACACACAGGAGGACGGGAGAAGAUCAGAGAGAAACUUUUGUUUCUAAAACUACUCAGCAGUAUGUCUUCAUUUUGAGGUAACUUUUUCUGAGUCCCAACAAAACUCUACCAUGCUGAACAUGAACCAGGCAUUAUUCUAACUCCAAGAGAACAGAGAGGAAGAAGAGAGGGAUCCUGCAGUUUUCCUGUUGGGUGUCAAGAUGGCGACACUAUUUACUGAAUGACUCCAAGUGAUGAGCUAAAUCUAUUCUCUUCAUUUUGCCUCUGGUGCUUUCUUGCUGUGGGUCUAUGAGCAAGUUUAUUCACCCUUCUAUUAACUCUCUGUAAAGUGGGAACAGUGUUGGUGUUGUGAUGAUUAGAUGAGUAAACACAUUUGGAGCAUAGAGCUCUGUGCCUGACACACAGGAUGCCAUAAGUUAAUAUUUGUGAGAAUGUGUGAAAGAUUGUGUUUAACUGGUUUUCAAUGUAAGUCCUUCCUCUUCAGAGAUGCCAAGGAGACAGUUGUGCUUUCUGGAGUUCUAAGACCUGUAUGCAUCUUGUUAACCCUUGAGAAAUCUAGUAGGCUCUCAAAAUUUUAAAAAUUAUGUAUUGAAAAAUUUUAAUUGUGUUUAUUCAGUAAAAAGUGAUGGUAUGAUUUUUAAA